CAUAAAACCUGUUUGGAUCGAGCUAAACGUCUAAUUGAACUGUUUUUUAACGAUUUGUUAUCAAUGUCCACUGGUUUCGAUAAAUAUCGAGCUUGUUUGCGUCACAGUUCUCGUGCAGCGCGUUAGCAUUGACGUCUCUCGGUCUGCUUUUAGCCAAACUCCUUGUCCAGAACGUGUCACUGCAGUUUGUCACCGCUUUUCGGCAGCUAUAUCGACCUCAUAAAACCCGACUUAUGACAUUAUCUGAAACAUUUGGAGUCGGAGGAAAAUUCGGCAUACAUUGCCCAUGCCCAACAAUUAAACAUCUCGUGUUUACAUAGAAUUUCCUACGAACAGUUAGAAGGACUGGUAGUUUGAAAACACAAGACUCGAUACUGGACGUGGUACAUACUUACAGAAGAUUGAGUCAAACACCUUCUCUAACAAGAGUAAGACGUCGUCCUGAUCGCCUGCAUGCAAAUAAGGUGAAAGCUAUGUUGACGAAAGCGGAGGAAAGAAAGCCACAGAAAGGAGGUGGAAAGAAGAGGAGACACCCCUGCGAUGAUGGGAAAGGAGGAGAGAGAAAGAGAAGGGGAGGUGAAGAAGGAGAGACGGGUCAGGGAGACAGUGGCAAGAAGCGCCUGGAUGCCCUGAGUGUGGGCUACUUCCGCCGGGUUGGGGAAAGACUCAGUGAAGGCUUUGAAGAUAAUGAGGAGAGAGAGAUGUUUGUGGAGAACGUGCUCUCAGAAGUAAAAGGUAAAGCCACGUUGGUGGCAAUGGACCGAACAGGAAGCAUCACUCUGCAGCGGCUGCUCCCGCUGUCCAGUCCUGAGCAGGUGGGAGAGGUGCUGGCUGAACUAGGUGGAGAAUCAGGCUCGGAGUUUAAGGCGGUUUCUUGCGAUCGGUGCGGGGGCCAUGUAGUGGAGAGUGCAGUCAGACAGAUGUCCAGAUGGAAGGAGUCAUCACAGAAGGAGCAGUCUGCUGCCACAGAACAAGAAGAAGAAGAAGGAGAAGAGAGUUGCGGAGUGCUGGAGGCCCAGGUGUUGUCUUUCAGUCAGAUGGUCAGAGACAACAGUGCAGAGUUCAUCAAACAUGUUCACGGCUCACACGUGGUCCGCACACUUUUACAUGUGUUGGCAGGCUGUCUUGGACCCCCCCGCGCUGAGUCUCGUCCAGGUGCAAAAGAACGCAAUGUUGCUCCUCAGCUCACGGACUUUGAGAUUCCCACGUCAUUUUGGUACGAGCUGAAAAGCCUCACGGAGACCAUGAUGGAAAACGUUAAUCUAAGUGUGACGGAUGGUGUUGCCAGUGCGGUUUUCCAGACCAUGUUGACUGUGUGUCACAGAAAAAGGCCCAUACUCUGCAAACAGCUCCUCGGGCGCAUCAUGGAGUACCUGACAAGUCGCAGCGCUGCUCCAGGAGUUAGUCCACUUCUGCUCUUUCUGAAGGAUCAGGCCUCUAGUCACCUGAUUGAGACGAUCAUACAGCUAUCCCACAAGUCCCUUCUCCGUGAUCUCUACAAGAACCAUCUCAAGGGUCAGCUGGUCGACCUAGCCCUCCAUCCAAUCGCCAACUUCCCCAUACAGAGGCUGACUGCAGCCUUGGCCAAACACAAACUGUUCCCGAGAUUGUUUGAUGAGCUGGUCCAAGGUGUGGAGGCCGUCUUGGCCGCAGGACACAUGGGGGUGAUCGUCCAGCUGGCAGAGAGCUGUGCGGAAAGCGAAGAGAAACAGGACGAGCUGAUGCAGUGUCUCCUGCGUGCGUUCCACUGCGCUGAGCCUGGCUCUCGACACGUCAGCUGCCUCCCUCUCUUCAUGUCCCUGCUCACCUACGAGGUGUACUACCACUCGGACACAGCAGAGGGCAACACACAGACAGAGGUCCCACUGUCCUCCAUCUGUUACCACGGCUCCAGGCUGGUCCAGGCGCUGGCCAGGUUUAAGGAGCGCUCACUCCUCCUCAGCAGCCUGCGCACUCUGAACCCUGCUGACCUCCUGACGCUGGCUUCUGACCCCGCGGGCAGCCACGUCCUCCAGGCCCUCAUCACCACAUCCAGCGACAAGGGAAGGGGCAAGAUCCUCAAGAGACUGGAGGGUCUGUUUGUCCAAAUGGCCUGCUCCAGGUUGGGCAGUCGGGUGCUCGAAGCCAUAUGGAACAGUGCAUCGGUCAAUCAGAGGCAAAGCAUCGCACAGGAACUAGUUCCAAGUGAAAGCCAGCUGAGGUCCGAUCAGUUUGCUCGUCACGUGUGGGCCAAGUUUGCCCUCUCUCACUUCGUACACAGACGAGCCCACUGGCAGGAAAUACAGACCGGCGAGUCCAAGAAGCGGAAGCUUUUCAGUGACAUUCUUGAGUAGAACGUACAUAUUUGUAUAAUCUUUUAUUGUUAUUUGCUAUAUAUUUUGAUUUGAAGAAUUAAAAAAGAAAAUUGUCCCUA